AUGUCUAGAUCAAAUUAUUUAAAACUUAAAUCAAAUGUCUUUCUGUUCCUCCAGGCAUCUGACCCCGUCCCUAUCAAACGGUCCAAACAUGAAGAUUUCCCCUCGCCGGCCCUGCAGUCGGACAAAGAGAAGCAGCACGACUGGCUCCAGUCCCUGUCCGCCGCCAAUAAGGGGCUUAACUGCAUCCAGCCCAGACAGAGACCCUCAGCUUUCAGACCCUGGUCCCCCCACAUCUCUGCUGGAGAGAAGGAGCCCUCCAGUCACCCCCUGGCCCUGCUGAGAGACAGCUUCUACAACUACAAGAGUAUAGAGAAAGCGGUGGCCCCCAAUGUGGCCCUCACACCGCUGCCCCUGGGGAAGGUAGGUCCAAUGUCCCUGUCGGUACCCAGCACCUCCCACCCGAGCGGAAGUGAGCCCCCGGGCGAGGGCGCCAGCUCCAGGCCCCGCAAGAGAAGAGCCACAGAGGAGCUCCAGCCCCCAGAGCCGGAGCCCCCCUGCCCCCCACCCGCAGCCGCCAGCAAGCCGCCGCUGCCCCCCACUCAGGACGACAAGGAAUCUGAGGUGGAGAUCGAAGUGGAGAGCCGCGAUGAAUGUAAGCAAACAACUUAA